UUAUAGACUGACUUCACGUGACAACAGUAAGAAUGAAAGCACAAGACAAGGGCUGUAACUGCCUCCAGGGCGACAGAGUGAAGGAAUGGGUGGACACCCAGAACGAAGAACUGGUGGCGCUGGAUCUGAUGCUAGACCACAAGGCGCCCCCGAAAGGGAGCCACGAGGACACCGGGCGCAGGCACACGUGGUCAAGAAAGACGGAGUAUGUGCUGUCCAUCGUCGGCUACUGCGUGGGUCUGGGGAACGUCUGGAGGUUUCCCUACGUCUGCAUUCGUAAUGGGGGAGGUGCCUUCCUGAUCCCAUACUUUGUGUGCCUGGUCUUGUGUGGUCUCCCUUUGUACUUCAUGGAGGUGGCCAUGGGUCAGUUCAUGUCCAGAGGUGUCUAUCACAUAUGGAGUAUUUGUCCGCUCUUUAAAGGGAUAGGCGUCGGUCAGAUCAUUGCCGGCUUCAUCAGUUCCUGGUACUACGUAGUCCUCAUCUCCUGGGUCAGCAUCUAUCUCGUUCACUCUUUCAGGUCCCCGCUGCCGUGGACGCAGUGCAGUCAGGAGUGGAACACCCCAGCUUGCAUACCGCACGGGUUUCGCAUCCAGUCAUACGUCAGUAACGGUUCCGGUGACGCUCAGUCUGACUACGCCAACGUGUCUGGGAGAGAGUACCUAAACAUGGCUAUCGUGAAUGGUACUGUAGUGACCACUGGGCUGAAGCCAGCGAGCGAGGAAUUCUGGGUGAACAAUGUCCUUGAACUCUCAACAUCCCUAGCAGAUCUUGGUGGUCUCCCAUGGCAUACGACCUUGGCCUUGUUUGUCUCAUGCCUUUUGGUAUUUCUGUGUCUCAUCAAGGGAGUUAAAUCUGUCGGCAAGGUUGUGUAUGUCACAGCGACCUUACCCUACAUUUUGAUCACGGUUCUGAUCAUCAAGGGAUCCACGCUACCUGGAGCGAUGGACGGUGUCCUUUUUUACAUUAGUCCAGAUUUCAGCAAGCUGAUGCAAGUGCAGACCUGGCUAGAGGCAAGUCUUCAAGUGUUUUACUCUCUAGGCCCCAUCUGGGGCGGGCUGGUCACUAUGGCCAGUUACAACAAGUUUCAAAACAAUUGUAUGAGGGACUCGGUGAUUCUGACCUUUCUAUGUGAAGGUACAAGUGUCUUUGCUGGAUUUGCCAUUUUCACGGUGCUGGGACAUAUGGCUUACAACUUGAAUGUGCCAGUGGCGAAUUUUUCUGCAACAGGUCCAGGUCUAGCCUUUGUUGUCUACCCUGAAGCAGUGGCGUAUCUCCCCGUACCUCAACUCUGGGGGGUGCUUUUCUUUCUGAUGUUGUUUACUGUUGCCUUGGACUCGCAGUUUGUGUUUGUUGAAGUUGUCCUCACGAGCCUUCAAGACAUCUGGCCAGACUUUGUGCAAAAAUGGGACGUAACUGUGAAAAUAAUUUACAGCUCAGUGCAAUUUUUGAUUGGCCUCCCUUUCGCAUCGAGAGGUGGUAUGUACUUAUUCCAACUUGUAGACUGGUACGUCGCCGCCUUCGCUGCCAUAGCAGUCGGUCUGCUGGAGUGUAUUAUAGUGGCCUGGAUCUACGGUGCUGAAAGAUUUAUGGAUGACAUAGAACUCAUGACAUCGAGGAGACCUCCUUACAUCUUCAAUAUACUCUGGCGAUACGUAACUCCGUUUUUACUUUUUGUCCUCUUGGUGACUUCACUUAUGAGCUACGAGGCCCCAACUUUUGAAGGCUACCACUACAGCCCUGGAGAAGUGGCAUUCGGUUGGAUGUUUGCUGUUAUUUGGUUUCUACCCGUACCACUAGUAGCCGUUGGUCAGCUGGUAACCACCAGCGGAAGAUUUGUGAAAAGGCUGAAGGCUACAUGCUCUCCCUCCCCGGAUUGGCAGCCUGGUGAUGUCAGCUUCCGGGAACAGUAUGGACAGGAAUCACGCCCACCUGCUUUAUGUAAAUUUCCACCAGCUCCAAGUUUAUCCAAAUUGUUUCGUUGAUAAUAUUUUUAAUUCCACCUUUUAGGUUUUAUAAAUUAAACAAUCAGUGUACAUUAAACAUAUAUUAUUUCUUAGUCUUUGUAUAUUUUCUUGUUGUGAAUAAACAAAAUAUAAACCAGAUUA